AUGGGUGACACGGGCGUCACUUGGAUUGAAAGCAUGGAGUCGAAAGGCGAAUGGGCCUUGCAGUGUCGGGCAUGUCGCAAGUUUGGCCAGAGGAAUGCCUGGUCGACGGGUGUGCAGACAGCGCUCAAGGGGAACCUCCGUCGCCACCAUAACUGCCCAGCGCACCGCGAGUCGCUUGUGGCCAUGGGCCUUGCCACAGAGGCAGAUGAACUGAUGGGGGCGCCGUGCCAGCAGUCCUUCAAGGCCGUGCUGCAGGAGCGUGCCAAGGGCACAGCCUUGCGCCACGGAGUGCCAGCCGUGGGCGGCAAGCACAAAGUCACGGACAUGCAGCUGUGCUUGGGACAGGCAUUGGAGGAGCUUGACAAGGGGUUCCUGCGCAGCGCCGCAGCGGUUGCGGUCUUUCAAGAUCUCCGCAAGAACUUUCUCUUGAUGCGUUACCAGGCCUGUGACAGCAAUCUGAACACGCGCUGCGGAGUGCUCACCUACAUCAACGUGGGGGCGCUGUCAGGCGCGACCUCCGUGCUGCAGGCCACAUCAGCAGCUCUGGAUUACUUCUUCACGCAGCCUGGCUCGGACGAGGUGGACAAGCAAGCGUUGCAAGCGUUCACUGCCAAGGUGGAGCUGUACUGCGCCGAUGCUAACAAGGCGGAGCAGCUUGUCGGGCGCGAGCUCAAGCCCACAGGCAUUUUCAACAAUCUAAAGUACGUCGUCAAGGACAGCGUGGCCUCCAAAAUUCAGCAUUCCGAGCAGCUCCAGGAAGUCUUCAAAAAGAUGAAUGCCAAGAGUUUGAACAAUCCUGUGCAAUCCGACCGGGUUCGCAACCUCUGCUUCGCCAAACACCGGUUCUCCUCGUUCAGCCAGCCCUUGGGGCGCACCAUACUAUUCCUGGACGGCAUCCUCUCCACUGCGUCCUGGCUGGUAGUGAACCGACGGCGCGAGCCCGAAGGCCUUGCAGCAGCUGAAUUUCUUUCCCAGUUGACAGAGGNNUGGCUGCGAUGUGCGCCGACGGCGCUGAUGAAGCCGUCCGUCUCCUCCGAGUCUUCGACGGGGGCAAUCUUCGAGGAGGCUGGGUACACCCGUCACUGCCUGAAGCUCCUGGAGACCACCAGAGGAUGGAUCAUCGAAGGUGUGCCCUACAGCCUAGGCGGGCCUCACACAUUGACAGACGCUCUCAAGGAGCGCUGCCAGAAACAGAUGCAAGUCUGGGUGCACUUAUGCGCAGAGAUCGUCAAGGCAGAAUUCCCAGGAUAUGACAUCUUGAGCUCUUUCUGCAUCUUCCGCAUCGACGACGAUCGCAAGAAGGAGGAUAGCCAUGCAGAUGAGUACCAGGCCCGCUGCACCGAGCGGUUGGCUCAGGCUUUUGGCGUCAGCUACCAGGGGCUCUGGGAUCAGGUCGCCGAUUUGCGCCCGGUGGCCAGGCAGAUGCAGACAAUGCAAAAGUGCGGAAAUUUCGAGGCAUGGCGCGCGGCCGUUCGCAAGGUUCAGCAGAGUCGGGCUGCCUCCGCGCGUCCCGUGGAUCAUCUCAUGCCGGUGCUUGUCCGAUGGGGAGCCUUCCAAUCCUGCACUACUUCCUUGCUGGAGCGCAACUUCAGCCUGAUUCUGGACGCCACUGGAAAAUCCCGCGGACACAUGAGCUACGACAACUUGUUCUCGGAGAUUAAGCUGUUGGUCGACCUCCGCCAGGAAGAGGAGGACCGUGUCGUCGAUGUUGCUCGAGCCUGCUGGACGUUGCAGUUUGGCCAAUCUCGUAAUAGCACCCAGACCGUGCGGUUGGACAAGGGUGUGCCGCGCAAGCGGCCAGCGCCGGGCACCGAGACCGCCUUCAUUGCAAAGAGGCGCGCUGGCGCAGGCCACGCAGGGCCGGUGGCCAUGCAAGAAGUCCUCGACGCGGCGAAGGAGGCUACCCAGGCCAUACUUGCUGGUGAUCCGAAACUGCAGAAGGAGCACCGCUUCCAGAAAGAGAAGCAGGACAUGAAUCUGCUGCGGGCCGUGCAAGAGGGCCGGCUCGUGCCGGCAGAGCUCAGCGACGAGCUCCUGGAGAAGGUCGAUGCUUUGACAAACAAGGAGCAGGCUGGUUUGAGGGCUCGUUUGCGCAAGGAAGCGCGGCUGGAGCAGAAAAUGGAAAGCAAGACGCCGGCAUGGCGACACCGGAUGCUUUGGCUGCAGAAUCCUGCAUGGCUUCCCUUUGCGCCGAACCAGGCCAACGUGACGCGCACGCUCAACCUGGCAAGUUGCUUUGUCGUGGGGGAUGUGGCCCGAGCAGGAGAAGAAGUCAUGUGGACUGCUAGCUUGCAAGGCGGGCUACUUGUGGAUUUGGUCUUCUUGAAGUCUGGCGGCGAGCAGGGCGUGGCGAUGGAGUUUCAAGCCGCCAACAACGUGAAGCGUGCCAUCCUCGUCUCUCACCAGUUCCGUGCGGUCGAGCCGCGUUUGGCCGAAAUCGUGGACAAGGCCUGUUCUGCUGCAUCUUCCAAGUGGGUUGCGGUGCCGGACUGGGAGACGUGGGCAGCUGUUUUCGAGAGACGGGCGGGACCCGGCGUCCGGAAUAAGCAGCCAACGACCGUUUUGGCUUUGGCGCCGCCAGCUCUCUGCCAGUCCAUGGAGUUGCAAUCCGUCAUGGACAAGGCCACAUUCAUUAGCUUCGUGACUCGAAUUCACUGCGCGAUGCGCGGUAUGUGCAAUGAAGAUGUUUGA